GACUUCCUUCACUUCAAAAAUAUCAUCCUUUGCGGUGAGCGUGAUUUUUUCUAGAUAGGGAGUCAAAGAUUAAACUUUUAUCGAGCCUUUCGUUUUAUCGACAGGAAAGAAUGUCAAAAAUAUGCUUUUGUUAGAAGAAUUUUUAAGGUUUGGCUCUUAGCCUGAUUUUUUUCAAAGGUCAACUUUUGACAAGAGUAUGAUUUUUUUCUAAUCAAAGAAUAGGAAACAUUAUCUACUAUAAGAUUAAUCUACGAAACGAGGAUUUUGUCUAGCAACAAAACAGAACAGUAGAUAGGACUAACUAGAAAAAUCAGAGUUCGAAAAAGAAGGCUGAGUUGUCGAGAUAAAUUCAUUUUCUUUUUCCUCGCUUUUGAAAUAUUUGGAAGAUGCAACGUAUAAAUGUUAAGUUUCACGAAAGCUAAGCGUUAGUUCGGCUUUCGUACUCUCCAGUUAUAAGUCGAGAGUUUUUCGUUGUACUACGACAAACGUUGUAAGUGCAAUUUUUAUUGCGAGUGAAAAAGUGAAAAUAGUGAAAAUGUUGCGCGACGAUAUUGUUAAAUUUUUUAUCGUGGCGUGUAAUUUUAAUAAUAAAAUAGUGAAGGGUCACUAUUUUAAGAAGAUAGCGCGUGACAAUGACGCGUCGAACUACGCAUUGUUCGACAAGUUCGCUAAGGAGUGCUCCAGCACAUUGCUAUGUGUUAUGCACAGGCUGGGGCACUGUAAUGGCAACGUGACGUUGGAAAAUAUAAUUCGACGUCACGUUGAAACGCGACAACAGAAUAAAGCGUUUUUUGAAAAUGAUGCGGGGGGUCAUAUAGCUGACUUCUUGCGUCAAAGAGAAGUUGUAAGACACGUAGCCAGGGUUGAGCCGCUACCGCCUCGUCGUGCGGCGCCUCUUGAGCGAAACUACGGGGCGAGACGACGACGCGCAGAAGAGGAGCUUCAAGGUGCCGUAGCAGCCCGAAGACCACGAAUUGAAAUCGCGGACUUAGUUGCGGAGCCACCAUCACCUCGAUACACCCCCGUCGGUGAAUCAUCAGAUGACGACGAGGAUACUCGAGAUAAUUUUGACAAAGUUCCAUCCUCAGCCGAUGAGGCUAUAUUUACUCCAGUGCAAGCAAACGAGACGGAGGACGAAGAAGAAAGAGAGGAAAGAGCGACGCAGGAGGAGGAAGAGGAGGAAACCGAAGAAGAAGCAUUAAGAGAAGAUGAGGAGGGGGAUACAAACGAAGAUGAGGAAGAGGAGGAAGAGGAGGCAGAAGAUCAAGAAGAAGAGGAAAAUGAAAUAGAAGAAGAAGAAGAAGAAGAAGAGCAGGAAGCGAUGGAAGAUGAGGAAGAAGGAGAUGAAGAAGAAUCGGAUGAAGGCGGUGAAGUGGAGAAUAAUGAAGAGGGGGCGGAAAUAGAAAAUGACGCCGAGGAAAGAGAAGUCAGAGUUGCUUCGCCAGAGUAUGAUGUUCAAACUGGCGCUGGACUUGCUGAAGCUGUAAUUGGAAGAAACGCUAGUGGGGAAGAAUUUCUCCACAAUACUGCGGAGAAUGUAGCCGACCAAAGACCUCAACAGCAGCAACAUCGGUCGCAGCAACCACAGGCGCAACAUUCUCAGCAACAGGAGCAAAACCCACAAUCGCAGCAGCAGCAGUCGCAGCAACAACAACAACAUCGGGUUGGUGAUAGAUUUAAUUAUAUAGAGCUGCAGACGGAAAACGCGCGUAGAUUUAGGAAUUUUGCUAUACUCGGGAGAGAGGCGAGUUUCGCGAUACGUCCAGUGCCACAGGGUGCCGAUACCGUGCGUUGGCUAGAAAACGCGUUCGGCGAAAUCCAUGCGUACGCGAUAAGCUCAAGUGAACCGACGGAUUACGUAGGACUAUCUUUCAAUUCCGAAAGUUUGACGCUCGGAUCGGUGGGAUGACCGAGUCGUUUCGCCCGGCGCGCGACUUGAC